AUGAGGUUAGAGUUCACGCCCUCACAAUCUAGCAAGAAUCCCAGAAUCUCAACUUGCAAUACCAAAGUACAAUCCGAUGGUGAUCUUGUUGCCAAACGAUACGCGGGCCUUUUGUCCCAGUCAGACAGUGCUUCCACCAUCUUCUUUCCGUACUCCCCAACCAGUUUCCAUCUCAUCAAGCAUAUCAAAUCCCGAGUCAGUAACGCCAAUAACGAAAGCAAAGGGUCUGGGAUUCCACGUUUCUUCCAUAUGCAAAGUGCUAUGGCUCGUUCACAAAGCGAAAGCCAUCCAUCACUAAAGGACGUAAAACUCACACGGAGUGUACAACUGUCCUCACAGACCCAUCGCAGUCCGUCUGUCCAAGGUGUUGAGAAUGCUCAGCUAUGCCUUGCCGUGGGGCCGAAUAGAUAG